UUUUUUUUUUUGGUUCUUUUUUUUGGUUUUUGUUUUUCUGUUUUUUCUUUUUUUUUUUUUUUCCACUUCUUUGAUUAUUGUUUAUAUUUGGGAAAACUGAAGGAGCAUGGUUUUGAGCCUUUUCCUGAAUCCAAGUUUUUCUAGCAUGCGAUGGUUCUGUAGACAAGGCGCUGUGUCUGGGAGUCCGAGGCCACCCUGCCCGCUGGGAGCGACUCCCAAGUCCAGCAAAAUAUGCAACUGGUUUUAUGGCAAAAGCAAUGUGAAGUAUGGUACUACUUUUUUUUUUUUUGCAUUGUAAAAAUAAAAAGCAUGUUUCUAAUCUUUUUUUCAUUUUUUGGGCAUACUCUUUUUUCUGAUACGAUUUUUCUUUAGGUCAGUGUUUACAAGUUUGUGGUUUUGCAAUGAUGGUACAAACCACUGAGCAAAUACAUUAAUUUUCUAUUUUUGUGCUCUUUUUGGAAGCCGGUGAGAACAAAUUCGUUUUUUCCCCUCUGCUUUUAAUACCCAUUGAUAACAUGAAACUUUUCUUGCAGCUGGUUACUGGGAUUAUUUUUAAGCAGAAAUACUUUUUUUCUCCUUUAAAUUAACUAUGACUUUUACACAUUUGACUUUUUUUGAAAAAAAAAAAAACCGAGAUGAUUUUACGAUAGAUAUCCUGAUAUCUAUAUCUAUAUUAUCCCUUCUUCCUCCCCUUCUCCUCCCCGUAAAUCAAUUUUCAAAUGAUGGCAGUGGAAGGUUUUUCUGGAGGAAAAAAAUAAUGAAGUGCGGUUUGGUUUCCUUGUCAACGGAGGAUGAAGUGCACAACUGAGCAGCUCACAGAGAGCAGGUUUUAGAUGACCUGUGUUUCUGAAAAAGACUGUUCAAGAAGUUUGAAUACCUACCAUAUGCAUACUGAUUAUAUUACUGCUUAACUUCACAAAGAUUGAAACAAGGUGAGCCAACCAUGACUGGCAAAACACAGACCAGCAACGUCACCAAUAAGAAUGACCCCAAGUCUAUCAACUCCCGUGUUUUCAUCGGCAAUCUAAAUACAGCCAUUGUCAAGAAAGUUGACAUUGAAGCCAUUUUUUCAAAGUAUGGAAAAAUAGUUGGAUGCUCAGUUCACAAAGGUUAUGCAUUUGUACAGUACAUGAGUGAGCGACAUGCAAGAGCUGCAGUGGCAGGUGAAAAUGCCAGAAUCAUCGCAGGCCAGCCACUCGAUAUCAACAUGGCAGGGGAACCCAAGCCAUACAGACCCAAACUUGGAAACAAGAGGCCCCUUUCUGCACUUUAUAGACUUGAAUCAAAGGAGCCUUUCCUGUCAGUUGGUGGUUAUGUCUUUGACUAUGAUUACUACAGAGAUGAUUUCUACAAUCGGUUGUUUGAAUACCAUGGACGUGUGCCUCCACCCCCUCGUGCAGUAAUUCCACUGAAGCGUCCUAGAGUGGCUGUGACAACUCGCAGAGGCAAAGGCGUCUUUUCCAUGAAAGGAGGAUCAAGAUCUGCUGGUGGUGGGUCAUCUUCAUCAGGCUCGAAGUUGAAAUCAGAUGAGUUACAGACAAUCAAGAAAGAAUUAACCCAGAUCAAAACUAAAAUUGACUCCUUGUUGGGACGCCUGGAGAAGAUUGAGAAGCAGCAUAAGGCAGAGGCAGGGCCUCAGAUGCCUCAGAGGCUCUUGGGAGAGGAGAGGAGGGUUAGAAAGACAUCUGAAGCUCAGAAGAAGAAACUGGAAGAGAGUAUAGAGCUGAUUCAAGAAGAAUGUGUGUCAGAGAAUGCAGAUCACUCUACAGAGGAGCCUGCUGAAGGAGGGCCAGAUGCGGAUGGAGAAGAGAUGACUGAUGGGAUAGAGGAGGACUUCGAUGAAGAUGGGGGUCAUGAGCUGUUUCUACAGAUAAAGUGAUCUGAAGCAAUGAAUGAUAUCAACACAGCAGAAAAGAGAAACUGUGACAACCCCCAGAAAUGUGAAUGGAGGUUUCUUACAAGAAAGCAGAAGCUUUGAUUCAAUUUAUAUAAAAACCCAAAUAAAUAGAAUGGACAGUAUUAUUGAAUUUUAGAGAUCCCAUUUCUUCUAUGUUAUAAGCUGUAUAAUUGUCAGGGUUUAUGAUUUAGAGUGUAAAUGUGCUCAACCCUUUGCUGAUUAUGUUGUGGUUUUCUUUUCUGAAGUAUUAAAAGUCAUAUUGUGAAAGAUAUUUAUGAAUGGUAAAGGAGACACUGUAUACAAAUGUAUAUUUGUAAAAGCUAUUUUUCUGAUUAGCAUGUUUUACUGUUGAUCAUAUAUCAAGUCAGGUGAUACUGCAACUCAAUGUUUAAACCUUAUUUCCAACAAUGUCAUGUGAGAAAAUACACAUCAUACGCUAGUUUUUAUAAUUUAUUUUUAACUUAUAGCUCAAAGUUCUUCAGAUCAUAAAAAAUAAAAUACUUGAAAGUGUUAUAUUUCUGCCUUCUAUUAGUAGCAUUUUUAUUAUUAAAGGAUACAAAUAUUUCAGAUGUGAUUCAAUAGUUAAAGGACUCUGGGCUUGCUUAACCUGAGUAAACUGCUUUAUUUUGCUUUAUUGAACUUUAAUGACCCAAUUGUCAUCGAGUACUUCCACCUGGGUAGGAGGGCUCUUACAGAUGUUAAUGUCAAUACAGGUGGGAGGCAGAUUGGCUUUGGAUUCAAAAGUUUUAAUUGGGGGCUUACAUCAUUCAUUUCCUCUUCUACUACUAGGAACUCUCCAUUCCAAAGCAUUGCAAGUGUUUUCCAGAUUCUCUUCUCAUCCUAAACUAGAAAAUGGAAGAAACCAUCUUUACAGAUUAUAGAAUUCAGCAUAUCAUUUCUUAAUAAUUACUGCUUCUUUUAGAACAAAUUAGGUGUGCAUAUUUCCUCUGGGGCAUGUGGAGUUUUAAUUAUCAGUUUGAAGUCUCUAUGUCAUUGUAACACCAAAAGACUAUUGAAAAAAAAAUAACUUUUAUAAAAAUAUAUAUUAUAUGUUGUAAAUGCCCACACUUUUAUGGAUUGGCCAUUAACCUGGAACACAUUCAUUUGCCAGUUUGUACAGUCAGAGGGCCCUUGAUCUUUAACAAAAGUCUCUCUGGUUUAUUUUUUCUAGAAGGCAUUUAUGUCAUCCAAAUAUAGAAUUUUAAGAAAAUCAUUUAAGGUAGAAAGCAAAUCUACCUCAUCAGAGAUAUUUAUAUUCUGCUUGGCCAAACCUAUGCAGCUGAAUAGCUGCAAACUCCUGCUUAAAGAGCAGAAUCAACAUGUAAUGUCACCAAAAACACUUGACAGGACUAAAGCCUCCUUUACACAAAGAAAUUGAGAGUCUAAAAUCACCUUGGAGGACCCAGAAAAUAACUUACCCAGUAGGGCACACACCUUAUUAUGAAAGAAAUCCAGUUUUAUGCCCCCAAACCACAUAGAGACACUGUGGCAAGGUCCACUGAUAAUGAAGCAACAUGUCUCUCUCUCUCUCUCUCUCUCUCUCUCUCUCUCCUUCUUCCUCUCUCUAUCUUUGUGUGGGUGUAAAAAAAAAUUUUUAAGGAUAAAAAAAUGCAAUCACAAAGCAGUAGGAUCACACAGACUGAGGUCCUAGAGCUACAAAUACAAAAUAAAAUCACCUUGGUAUAGUUUCUCUUGUUUGAAUUUAAGGCAAUGCAUCCUCUUUCUCUAUUUCUUUCAGCUGUAAACUAGUGGAAAUUCACACCAUUUCAUUCAAAAUAACUAUCAAAGCCAAAAUUCUGAAGAAUAAAAAGAAUUGAAAUUCUGUUACUAAGGAAAAUAGUUAUACAUUUUCUCAUUUAAAGUUUUUAGAUAUGUUUUGUACUAGAGGCUAGAAUCUGAAUCAGAAUUUUAUUGCCUUUGCAAAACCAUAAUGUGGAUUACUAUGUUUUUAAUAUUUUAUUACUAAUGUGUUGGACAGAUACAGAGAUAAAUUGAAAAGUAAAGGGGAGAUAUACAGAGAGAGAAAAAGAGAUACCUGCAACACUGCUUCACUGCUCAUGAAGCUCCCCCCUUACUGGACUAAGGACUUGAACCUGUUUCCUUGUGUAUUGUAAUAUAUUAACUCUACUGGGUGCUCCACCACUCAGCUCUCUGUAUUGCUAUUUUUGAUAGUUAUGUUGAGUACUGGAGAAUCUAUGACUUAAGAUUAAAUUCUGAAGAAGUAAAAGAAAAGGUCUGCAUAUGACUUUUUAAGGGAAUAAAAUUAUCAGUGUAGUUUCUCAAGUUGUUGCCAUGUUACUGAAUUUAACUUUCUCUAUACUGGACUUAAUGUGUAAAACUAAGGGUCUUUCCAUUUAUUAAUUGCUCACACAUGACUUAAGAAUUCUUUUGACAAAAAAAAAUGGAAUAAAAUGCGCACUAAAUCAA